AACAUGUCGAGAACUAGUUUGGAUAUAUAAUACACCAAAUUGCUGUAGGACUAAAACCCUCGGCUUGUUUCUCACAGAGUCUCUGCUACUGUGGGGUUUUGAUGGAGAAUUCAGCUAUGAAGAAGAUGAAGAAGCAAGUGCUUCUCUAUUACUGUGUUGAGAUGGAAGAUGUUGCUCGCAAAAUCGCUUCGGAAUCCGAUUCUAUUACCCUCCAUUCUAUUAACUGGAGGAGUUUUGCUGAUGGUUUCCCAAAUCUCUUUAUAAACAAUGCACAUGAUAUCCGCGGGCAGCAUGUUGCUUUUCUAGCAUCUUUCAGCUCACCUGCAGUCAUCUUUGAACAGCUUUCUGUGAUAUUCGCACUUCCAAGGCUGUUUGUCGCCUCAUUUACGCUUGUGUUACCUUUCUUCCCAACUGGUACCUUUGAGAGGAUGGAGGAAGAAGGAGAUGUGGCCACUGCAUUUACCAUGGCCAGAAUAAUAUCAAAUAUUCCAAUAUCAAGGGGUGGUCCAACCAGCUUAGUUAUCUAUGACAUACAUGCAUUGCAGGAGAGGUUCUAUUUUGGAGAUAAUGUGCUGCCUCUGUUUGAGACUGGAAUUCCACUGCUGAAGCAACGUCUUCAGCAACUUCCUAACUCUGAAAAGAUAGUUAUAGCCUUUCCUGAUGAUGGAGCUUGGAAGAGGUUUCACAAGCAACUAGUUCAUUAUCCCACUGUUAUCUGCACUAAAGUGCGUGAAGGUGAUAAGAGAAUCGUCAGGCUAAAAGAGGGUAAUCCUGCUGGCUGUCAUGUGGUCAUUGUUGACGAUUUGGUCCAGUCUGGAGGUACCCUAAUUGAAUGCCAGAAAGUUUUGGCCUCUCAUGGUGCAUCAAAAGUUAGUGCUUAUGUGACCCAUGGAAUUUUCCCAAACCGGUCAUGGGAGCGUUUUCUUCACAAGAAUGAUGGCUCUGAGAAAGCAUUCACUUACUUUUGGACGACAGAUUCAUGUCCUCAUACUGUGAAAGCCGUCGCCAAUAAGGCUCCAUUUGAAGUUAUUAGUUUGGCAGGAUCAAUAGCUGAUGCUCUUCAAAUCUAAAGAACAUUAGAUAAGAUCAGUUAUAGUGAAACGAGUGUUGAAAAUUUGUUCACUGGCAUGAUUUGCUGUUGUAACGGAAACUUGUCUUGUUGCUCAACUCUGUGACAGUCAUUGUGAGCUCUAUUUAACGGAACUCUUAUCAAAUUGCACGUCUGUUCUCUAUAACAAUAUUUCACGUAUUUCAUGUUAUGUUAUAUAAUAUGUUCACUAGA